ACUGGACCUCUGUGACUUCGAUAUUUAUAUCUCUUAUCCUCAUCUGUAAUCUCAGACUGCUACAACUAAUAAAACCAACAGAGUGAUUUAGAUUGAAGGUUCCCAAGGAAAGUCAAAUGGGGGUGGAAACCGAAGGUGGUCAUGCAAAAUUAAAUCAGUCCACACUGCCACCGCCUCCACCACCACCACCACAGUUCUGGCUUUCAACAAAACCAGCAGUUAAGACAAUCGUUACAGUAAGCGUGACAAAUCAGGAGAUUGCCAAGUUCUGGAGGCAGAAGCGAAUGGAGGAAGAAGAUCAUCUCCUUGCUGCUAUUAAGGCUGCUGCUCGUAUCAGGGCGCGCAAACUCACGGAGGAUGACUAUAAGCGCUUUGAGGAAUCCUUGGAAGAUGAUGACGACGCCUAUAAUUCCAGUAAAAAUGAUGAGAACUACAAAGAGUUGCGUGUGGGGAUAAAGGACUGGUGGACAAAGAGCAGGUAUGCAUAUUUAAACCAGCCAGCGAUCGAGUCCAUGGAUACACCCAAACGCCGAGCCUCCACUUACAUUCCCAAUUUUUGUGGUUAUAAGCCUGCUGCCCCACCGACUACCUCAUCUGGCAUUUUUUAAUUGAUUCGAGCAGCUUCAACUGAUCGAAAUACUUGACACUGUUAAAACUUUAUUUGGUGUAAACUUUUUCUGUUGAGAGGUGUGUUUCAAAUGUAUGUAUGAUUUAUCUUGUCAUCAUACUUUGAAAUGGUCUCUCAGAAUAGGAUUGGGAUACUAUAAUAGUUGCAGCCCCUUUGUUGAUGUUUUUCGCUAAUGAUUCGAACCAAAAUAAAUUUUGGGGGCACAACAAGAAUUUGUAUUUUCAAAUGAUAUCGGAGGGAUUUGCAGUCAUUGGGGAAAUUCCAUUUUCUGCACGAUUAAUGUCUUCCUAGAUUUUUGAUUAUUUCCAACAUGAAUCCCAAUUUGUUUC